AUGCCUGAUGAUUAUCAGCUGGUGACUGGGUCUAAACACUGGAAACGGAAAAUGCGCACGAUUUUUAAGUGUUUAGAUGCCAAUUGUGACGGCUACCUGACAAGAGACGACUAUGAGACCACUGGUAGACGGGCUGCCGGGUACUUAGGUCUAAAUGGUGAUCAGUGUGAGGAUGUCGUAAAGCAGUUCCUUUAUGCCUGGGAUCAUCUUGACAAGGACAUAGCUGACAAAGUAGCAGAAGAGGAGUAUGUGCACAUUUUAUUCACAAUCGUAAACCAAGACUCAUUCCGGCGAGAUUUGUAUCCAACGCGCUUAGCCACGAAUUUCAACUUAAUAGACACGGAUGGCAAUGGUCUUAUAUCCAAAGAAGAACAUGCAGCUUUUUACAAGGGCAUGCGCAUUUCUGCUGAGGAGGCGAACAGAGCUUUCUACUUGAUGGACAGCAAUGGAGAGGGAUUCAUAUCGCUUGAAGAUUGUGCGAAAGUGUAUCUGGAGUUUGUUUUUACUGAGGAUCCAAAUAAUAAAUACAAUGAGAUCCUCGGUCCCCUUGUUGACUAA